AUCAGCUGUCACAGUAUUCAACCAAGUUUCGGACUGUCACGUUGAACAUUUUGUUGAUACUAGUUUUCCUUUCCUCAUAUUAAUUAAAAAUUGAAAUGAUAUAAAUGUUUGAUUAAACAAGUAAAAUCCUAAAUGAUGGGUAACGAGAGUUCACAGUUAAGUGGCCUAGAAAUUGAAGAGAAGGCUAUAGAAGUUACCGAUUUUUGGUGCCACUAUCAGGCUACAAUUAAUGAUAGCUGCAGAUAUUUCAGCCUGAAAGGCGAUGGAUCAGUUUCAGUUUUCAAAGGAGAAGCUGCAGUUGGGCCUCUGUGGUCGAUAUCAACACCACUGGAAAAGUUUUCAAACAAUCUUCUGAAGUACCGCCAUCCGUGUAUUGUUCGAUAUAUCUCAGCUUGGCAACAGCGUUCUACUCUUCACUUAGCUACAGAGUAUGUGCAGCCACUGUCACAUAUCCUUCCAUCCUUAACACCACUCCAAAUAUGCAUAGGACUGAACAAUAUUUUGAGAGCUUUGGUGUUUAUUCAUGAGCAGGCUGGUAUGUCUCACAAUAAUGUGAGUGUGUCCGCAAUAUAUGUUACUGGAGACGGUCAGUGGAAGCUGGGAGGACUGCAGUACCUGUGCGCCUUUUCUGAACUAACAGCAGCUUAUCUGAGACAUGCAAGGAUUCACAGGUAUGACAAAGCAGUAGAUCCCAAUGAAGACUCAUAUGAGAUUACUACUAAAGUGGACCAAUAUGCAUUUGCAGUAUUAGUGGAUGAUGUUUUCAAAGAAUGCAAAGAUGAUGAAGUGCCACAUUUAAAAGAAUUCAAGAAAUACUGUAGAGAUUGCUUACAACAUCAAAAUCCUGCCAAAAGGCCCAACUUAUCAGAAGUAUUACAACACAACUUUUUCAAUCAUGAAUUUAUUUCUAUAUACAAAUUUCUCAAUUUCCUUCCUUUGAAAUCAGAAGAAGAAAGGUGCCAGUUUUUUGCAAAUAUUUUAGACAAUCUGAAAUGUUAUGAUGAAGAAACUGUAGCCAAGCAACUGGGCGGUCUUUUACUAUCCAGGCUCACAAUGUUGGACCAAACUGCGAGAAAAGAUGUCAUUCCUUUUAUUCUUAAACCUAAAAAUGAUCGCAUUACUCAUGGUGAAGUACCAGGCUUUUUUAGUCUCAAUGUGUUCAAAGAACACAUUAAACCCAGACUUAUGCAGUUAUUUGGAGUGAGGGAUAGUCAAAUAAGAAUGUUACUUUUGAGACAUUUUUCAAAGUUUGUACAUGUCUUCUCGCAUGAAGAACUGUCUCAACAUAUCCUUCCUGAGUUACUUUUGGGGAUAAAGGACACAGACGACAGUUUAGUAUCAGCAACUUUAAUAUGUUUAAGUGAGUUGGUACCAAUAUUAGGAGCUGACACUGUCAUAGGUGGAAAAAGAUCAAAAUUUUUCACAGAUGGUAGACCUAAUUCAAAACCAAAAUCUCUGCUACCUGGAGCCAGUCCAUUAACCGAAAAUAAUGUUUAUUUAGCAAAAUCUUUACGAGAUCUACCUUGUUCUGAGGAGAUAUAUGAAAGUGAUGAUAGAAAUGAAUUAAUUUCAUUUGAUAAGACUUUAACAUUAAAUGAAAGGCCUUCGCCUGUUGGUGGGGAAUCCUUGGAUGACGAAAUUAUAUCAACAGAAUUACACACAAAACAGAAAGCAGAUAGUGAAGAUGACUGGAGUGACUGGGAUAAUCGUCAGUUGACAACUAAACCUGAUUCUCCAAUAUUCGAAGAAAAUAAUAAAAUUGGACAACUAGUCAACAUUGAAACUGUGGAUGAUAAAAUUCCUUCAAACUCAGAUGCUAAUUCAAAAAUUGUGUCUGAAUCAAGAACAACAUUAUUGCAAAAAGCUGCAAUGCAGGCAAAAAAGAACAUAGUAGAUAUUUCUGAAUUAGACAUAAAAAAUCAGAAAUUCGAUUAUUCGAAAAAGGGUUCAGAUGAGUUCGAUUUUUUUGCUGAUAUGGCACCUGUAAUUGAGAAGCCAGCUGUUGUAAAUAUUGCUCAAAAUUCUGAAAACGUAAGCAGCAAAUUAAACUUUGUUCCAGAUGAAAAUAUCGAUGAGAAUGAAGGCUGGGGCGAGAGUUGGAAUGAUUAGUAGAGAAUUGAUUGAGAUUGCAUAAUUACAAUUCUUUAUAGGAUAUUUUGUUAUACAAGAAAUCUACAAACGAAAAAUAUUGUUUCAGUACUUCUGUUAUAUAUAAGAUAUAUGUACAUAUUUGUAAAUCAAAUAUUUAUAUGAGAUUAGAAAAUUAUAGUAUGUUAAAUAACGAUUAGAUCAGACCUAUACACAAAUUUAUUGUACCAUAUUAUUGUGGUCAUAUUGUAAUUAUUAUUUUAUCUCGCCAUUAUGCCGUAAUUAUGAAACGCAUAUUAACGACCUUGGUUUACAUUCCUAUUUAUUGGUUAACGAUUUUUGUACUUUCAUAUUGAAAUUAAUGAUAGCACAGAGCUGGCACUCCGCUAUUUUCAUAAUUCAAAUAAGUACUUGUGUGAUUUAUAUAAAAAACGAACAUACUGUUUAGGCGCGUUGAAUAGUAGGUUGAAUUAUCAAACGUUGUGUUUUAGAAAGUAAAAAUGGAUACAUUCUUAUAAAUACAUAUGUGAAAAUGUAAGAGUAAAACACUGUUUUUAUUGUAUGUGCAAUUUAUUUCUUCUUUCUCUCGCACAAGAACUAUUAAAUCACAAUCUUAUAGCAAACAUUCAGGUUUAUGAUACAUAGAUUAUGAACUUUAUUGCUUGUGACGAACUAGUGAUGCAGGUUUUAUAACCACGAAUUUUGCAUAAUUAUGUGCAUUGUGUAUCAAAAUGUAUUUGACAGUACAGUUGUAACUAAUAAGCAGAUAGUUGUGAAGAUUUAAGAAAGCGAAAAAGUAUGAAAACAAAAUAAUUGCGUCAAUCUAGCGCAAGUAAUGAUUAAACCUUUUUUGAUUCCUACUGAUUAAUACUUUGGACAAGUUACUGUAACAGUGGUUAUAAAAGUGUCAGUAUUCAAAUAGUUACAUGCUAAGUAUAAAAUUGAAUCUAUAAUGUCCUCUAGAGGCAUACUAUCUCUACAAGAGCGAGAACUAACAAAUUUAUAAAUCUGGAUUUUCAUACUAUUGCUCUCUUAAAUUUCAACAUAACCUACAUUAAGCUCUGUCCAUCCUUAGCUUCAUCAUAGUACACACAAAGCUUAGAGGUGUUUCAAUAGGCUUGUUCGAAAUUGUUUCAAGUUCUUGAUAUUAAUCAAAUAAGCCUCGUGUUAUGUGACAAUCUCACAACCUCGCCAUAGGCGUCGAUUCUCUUCAAACAAUAGAACCCUUGCUCUCUGUUACUAGUUAGAUUUUCAAAUAAACUUGAAUAGAAAAUAUUUAAUAGAAAUCUGUAUUUUUUGUAUUAUCAGUACAUUACACAUACAAAUUAAUUGUUUGUACAAGAGAAUCGACGCUUUUGUAUAUCUUACGAGCAUACAGCCCAAACGCAUUAAAUUACAUUGCAUUUUAGAAUCAUUGGCUUAGCCAAAUAAAUAUUUAUCUAAGAUUCUCUAAA